AUGGACGCUCUGUUUUCGAUCGAGCCCAUGAAACGGGAAUCGUAUGAAUCGUUGACGCGGUUGGUCGACGAGUUCGAGCGAAACCUGAAGAUGAUUGACAAAAUGGGAUUCAUAACGGAGAACUGGACUUGGCUGAAUCAACCAUCUCGCUUCUGGCCACCGAUCAAUCAACCAAUGCCUGACAAUCUACCAAACAUCGCCCAAGCGGAACGUCCGAUAUCGCUGCCGGUACAAGCAGUACCACCCAACGAACUCUUUGAACUUCAUUCUUCAUUUCCUCGUCUGGUGCGGCUAGUCACCUAUCUACGCCGUUUCCAACACAACUUUUCGCACCAGAACCGCAACAACCGAAAAACUGGACAUCUCACCACGUUCGAGCUGAAUGACACUACACAGUUUCUCGUUCGGAUCGCUCUGCAAGAAUCAUUUGCCCGAGAGUUGUCUGAAAUCAGCACCAGUGGACUUGUUAGCUCUCGCUCCGAGCUCAAAAACCUUUCCCGAAUUCUGAUCGACGGGAUCCUGCGUGUGGGUGGACGUCUGCGGAAGACAGAAAACACACAAAUGAUCCUGCCUGCUCGUCACAUGCUCACAGAACGAAUAUUGGUCCACUACCACGAAAAACAUCUCCACGCAGGGCCGCAACUGCUCGUCGCCUGUGUUCGAGAAAAAUUUUGGCCACUUCGAAUCCGUAACCUGGCACGGAAGGUGGUGCAUUCCUGUGUGAAUUGCUACCGCUGCAAGCCCAACAACCUCGAGCAGUUAAUGGGUGAUCUCCCACCUGAGCGAGUCACGCCAACGCUGCCAUUCCUCAACACUGGAGUUGACCUGUGCGGACCGUUCCAGUACCGCAAGUCACCGCGAGCAUCAGCGGUCAAAUGCUACGUAGCUAUUUUUGUGUGCCUUGUCACAAAAGCUACCCACGUAGAGCUCGUCUACGACCUCAGCACGGCCGCGUUCCUAGUUGCACUUCAUCGAUUUACUGCUUGCAUAGGGACGCCGAAGCUCAUCGAAUGCGAUAACGCCAAGAACUUCAAGGGAGCAGCGAAAGAAUUGGCAAAACUACGAAGGAAAUUCUACGACCAACAACACCAAACAGUAGUGAUCAACCACUGUGCAGACGACGGCAUUGCGUUCAAAUUCAUCCCGCCCCGCAGCCCGAACUUUGGUGGCUUGUGGGAGGCGGCAGUUAAAUCCUUCAAGAAGCACUUGCGAGCCACCAUCGGGAAUUCUGUGCUCUCCCAGGAUGAAUUCAUUACUCGGAUGGCUCGUAUCGAAGCUUGGCUAAAUUCCAGACCGUUAACUCCACUCUCUGCUGAUACUAACGAUCUGGAAGUCCUUACUCCGGGUCACUUUUUAAUACAUCGACCACUUACCUCAUUUCCUGAAUCCGACCUGUCCGAGAUCCGAGAAACCGCCUCGACCGUUGGCAGGAGAACAACGAACUGCAUCGAUGCAUUUGGAAGCCGGGACAACAUCGACGUCGGCACUCUAGUGCUGUUCAAGGAGGACAACCUUCCACCCCUGAAGUGGAAGUACGGCCGAAUCACCCGUGUCUACCGUGGCGAGGAUAACAACAUCUGUGUAGUCAUCGUGCGGACGGCCGACGGGGAGUACACACGGUCCAUCUCCAACAUAUGCGUCCUGCCGAAACGCCAACCCACAACCGACGUCGCUAGUCCGGCCAACCCAAACUCAGAGCAAUGA